AUGGCGGCGACCAUGGCAACGCCGUCGGUCGAGGCCGAAUUACCUGCGAUGAAUAAACACGACCUCAGCUCCGAUCUCCCCACCACCCAAGUACACACGCCUCCCAUCACCGACGAAGCGAGUCAUAAAGAGUCCGAUGACGCAGCCUCGAGCUCAUCUCUCUCCGAGCUUGGCGACGACAUAGGCGAUAUACUCGACGACGAAAACCGCAUGCGGUUCGAAGAGGCUGCCCGUGCCGGCGCGGAAGCCGAGGAGAGCAGCGAGACGAUGGACGAAUUCAGAGAUUUCGAGAAAUAUGUCCAAGGUGUCAACCCGUACGGCAUGCAGUCUGGAAUCGUCCUCAUCGAUCCUCCCGAAGAAUGGAAACGCGACCGCAAGCCACUUGACGAACAGAUCAAGAACGUCAAGAUCAAGAACCCUAUCACACAAGAGUUCCAUGGCGCUCAAGGUAUCUACACGCAACGGAACAUGGAGAAGAUGAGAUCCUACAACAUUCCCCAAUGGCGCUCUCUCUGCGAAUCCACCGAGAAUCAACCCCCCGCACGUCGAGGUGAGAAACGAAUGAAUGCAGACAAGCUCCUUGGCCGCGGGUCAGUCAAGAACAAGAAGACAGAGGGCUCGCCUGCACCAUCAGUCAACGGGAAGCGCAGAGGUCGGCCGCCGAAGAACACUCCAGUCAAGAAAGAGCCUGCCGAUGAGUCCAAUAUCAACGCACCGCUUACACCCACGAGUCCGGAAUUGCAGCCUGCUGAGAAGGCUAACGCUGAAGAGGAGGACGCUGAGCAGACUCCGGAGCCCACUACGGGAAAGCGUAAGCCAGGCCGCAAACCCGCUGCAAAACCGCGUGGGAGACAGCCAAAGUCCGCAACGAAGCGCGAGACAGGUGGCAAAGCUUCCGAGACCACUGUCGCUGCUCGUCGUCUGCGAACAGCCGGUGCGACAGUGGACGAGAUCGACGAGGAAGCCUUUCGUGACUUCGACUAUCGCGUCUACGAUAACGAUCAGUGGACUGCUGAGCGCUGCGACGAGCUUGAGGACAAGUACUGGAAGUCGCUGAAUUUCAGCAAUCCGAUGUAUGGCGCAGACAUGGCUGGUUCACUGUUCGACGACCAGACAAAGGAAUGGAAUGUCGCCAAACUCCCAAACUUGCUCGACUUGAUCGGCGCACCCAUCCCUGGUGUCAAUACAGCAUAUCUGUAUCUGGGCAUGUGGCGUGCCACGUUUGCAUGGCAUCUGGAGGAUGUUGACUUGUACAGCAUAAACUACAUCCACUUUGGUGCUCCGAAGCAGUGGUACAGCAUCUCACAGAAGGACGCGCCAAAAUUUGAGAACGCCAUGAAAUCGAUCUGGGGCGAAGACGCGAAGACGUGUGACCAGUUCCUACGCCACAAGACGUACCUUGUAUCACCAGCCAUCCUCAAGUCGAAGUAUGGUGUCACAGUCAACAAAAUCGUACACAGGGAGGGCCAAUUCAUCAUAACGUUCCCGAUUGGGUACCACUCUGGCUACAACCUGGGCUACAACUGUGCAGAGUCGGUCAAUUUCGCCAUUCCUGACUGGCUGCAGUACGGCAAAACAGCAAGAAAAUGCCAAUGCGAGGGGGACAGUGUUUUCAUUGAUGUCGACUGGUUCAUUCGGAGGAUGAAUGGCGAACCGUCGCCGGAAUACGAAGAAGUCGAGAUAACCGAUGACGAAGACGAAGAUGAAUUGAUCGAUCUACCAACUCCUCCAGGAAGCGACCGAGGCAAGAUCAAGCUUUCCUCCAAGCGGAAACGUGCGACCAAAGAUGUCGGGCCAAACAAGAAAGCCAGGAAGAUGAUCAAGAUCCGGAAAGUCAGCAAGCACCAGCCCUGUUGCUUGUGUCCGAACGAUUUCGCGUGGGAAGAGCUUCUACCUACCUCGAAUGGCCAGAAAGCCCACCGAACUUGUGCGAUGUACACGCCCGAAACCUACAUCGCGACUGUCGAUGGCAAAGAAGUCAUCUCAAAUGUCGAAAAUAUCAGCAAGGCCAGGCUCGAGCUCAAGUGCUACGAAUGUCGGCAGAAGAAGGGCUCGUGCUUCCAGUGUUCGUCGGCAAAAUGCACCAAAUCUUACCACGCAACUUGUGCUAUGCAAGCAGGUGUACAAGUUGACAAAGGUGAAAUCGCGGUCUGGCACGAAGGCGUGGAGUACCGCGAUAUUGGUUUCGAUUGGCGUUGUCGUCUCCAUCGUUCCGUCAAACGGACUCGAAUUACGAGCGAGCUGUCGACAUGCAAUCAUCUGAACAACUGCUGGAACAAGCCCGAGUUUGUGCAAUAUAUCAAAAGUCUCAAAGCUGGCGACCUGGUACAGUGGCAGAUCACUCAUUCCGACGAGAUCGAGGCUGGCAUGAUAAUGACAGGAUACGACGAAGAACAAGAGGGAAUGCUCGUCAAAGUUCUGCCAGAUGUUCGAGUGGUGAAAGAAAUCCAGCCAUCGUGGAUUUUAUUCAUCGACAGCGAAACAUCGUGCCUGCAGAAGCCAUCGGCUAAUGCGCGAGAUCUGCCAGAAGAGCUGCAGGGGAAGAGCGCACAAUUCCCCGACUCUGAACGCAAGCCCAGCGAAGGAGAUACUUUCACCGAAGAUCCGAAAACGGAGUGGGCCGAAUUUUCUUCGGUCGCACUGCCCCACAAUAAGCUGCAGAAAAAGGUCGACCUCACAAAACCGAAGCAGCUAUGGCUAUACCUUGGCGAAUCGUCCACUGAAUCCAAGGCUUACUAUACGGGCGAUCCCGCUAGAAAGAUACAUGAUCCUGCUUCCCAGUACCUGGAUACGGUGGAACCGGCUCGCGCUCUUAUGGCGCCGCCGUCCCAACCGAAGCGUCAAUCUCUGGCUGCAAGCUUUCCGGCCAAUCUCCAGAACCACACAAACAAUGGUUUUGUUCGACCACGAACUUUGUCAGGUAAUCAUUCGGCAGGGCCAUCUCAGAAUUCGAUGCUGCAGAAUGGCACUCAAGCAAAGAAUAUUCCCCAGGCAAAGAACGUCAAUAGGAAGUCUUCACAGGGUUGCGACGUCAUUAUCGGAGCUGAGGCGAAAGCCAACGAGCAAGCCAGAAUCUUGCAGCGACAGCAAGCUAAAGCACAGCAUCUUGAUCAGCAGGCCGGCUUGAAUGGAGGCAUCGGCAUCGAUCAAGCCGCCGUCGAGCGGCAAAAGCAGUUCCAGAUGAAUGGCUCUCAACAGUCUCAGACUAUGUGGACCGGCUACAACAACACAGCUCAGUACCCGGCAUAUCAGAAUGCGUUCAAUGCACAACGGCAGGUACCCCAGUACAGCCAGCAAUGGAUGAAUCCGAUGCCCCAGAUGCGACCCGGAUCGAGCCACAAUCAGCAUUCGCCUCACUUGAGCCAGCCAAAUGGUGGCCAAUUCCCUGCCUACGUGCAGCAAUCCCAUCAGCAAUUUCCAUACAACUCGCAGCAUCAACGCACACAGUCCACGCCAGUGAGUGAUACAGAAAGGAUACGGCAGGAGACAGCACGAAUCGAAAGCAUUAGAGCUGCGGCGAACAGGCCACCACCUCCACCACCAUCUGCCGCCAUCGAAAGGCAACGUCGCAUAUCUAACCCGGCAUAUCCUUUCAAGAGCCCCGACCAGAUCCUCGCCCAGAAGGAAGCUGAGAAGAACACCCCACCUGGAAGUCGUCCCGGGAGCUCGUACCAGAUGGGCAGUCCUGCCACGACUGACGCCUAUCGUCCGUCGACUUCGGCUUCUAUGAGCGCCCUAGGAUCACGGCCAAUGGAAUUCAUCGAUCCCACCGCAACACAGAUCACCCCUCCCGGCUCAAGUGCAGGCCGCCGAUCAGCAAGCAACAGCUUAUCAAUGAUGCCAGGCACGAUGGGUCCACCUUUGCAGCCACACCUGCAUCGCACAGCAUCGGCUGGAAUGCUCGAGCGACCAACUUUCAACACAUCCAAUGCCUCCCAGAUCAGCAAUUACGUACCGCGACGGUCAGUGUACGAUCCACUGUACAAAGCCCAAGGACCUCUGCAGCCGAUCACACAACCAAACCUCCCCCCGCCACUUCCCCAGCCACCCAUGGCUGAGCCUUCGCCCGUGUUGCUGGCGAGCCUUCAGCCCAGAUCGACGUCGCCAGGCGGCUACCCGUUGAAUGAUCGAGCUGUACCGGAGCAGUUGGUGAAGUGGAAGGCGCAGGGCGGGUUCUGGGCUAAAGUUGCCACGUAUUACAUCAAUAAGCAUGUUGCGAGUGCGAGCGCGUAUCGGAGUCCGUUUGCGGACCUCCAUAACACGCCGUGGCGAUUGGCGGAGCAGUACUAUCAGUCACUGGACUUUGAGGGGAGAGCGAAAGUUGAUGACUAUAGGAACAAUGGGAUGAGGAAUUGA